AACCUUCCAAGUCUCUUAUAAAUAUUUCUCAAAUCUUGUGCGCCAAUAUCAUUGGACCGACUCAGCUUCUCUCUUCCUUCACUUAUUCUUUCAUUUUCCUCAAAUCUUUCAAACACCCACUUCCCCAUUUUCUUCUGCAUCUUCACAAAUCACUUCUUCAAAUCUUCCCAACAAAAAAAAAAAACUCAUUUUCUAUCAUACAGUUUUGGGAUCUAUCACUCUAUCCACGGUUUCUGGAAUGAAACUUUCCUUGUUUGGUGUUGUUGUUCUUCAUCUUCAUCAUGUUUAACAUACCUUCAUCUCUUUCUGAAAUCUGUCUCACCCACUUUCGCCUUGCCAUCUCCACCGCGGAUCCAUGGCCCUUCUCAUGAAUCUCAUGUCAUAAAAACCUUUUCCUACUGUUUUUCAUACCACUGAAAAGUCCCACAUUGCUUAGAAAACUCUACAAAGAACAGUUUAUAAACCUUCCGCUGAGAAGAUAAACUGCUGAUCUUUCGUGUAGACCAUGCAAUUCAGGCUCGGCAGGCGCGUUGUAAGGGUUGCUAAAUGGGUCUUCGGUCGGGUCAGGAUCAAAACCCGACCCGGGUACCACCACCGUCUCGGUUCUGGUUCGUCCCAUUUGAGAAAUCCCAUAAUAAAGCUUCUCACCUGGGGGCAAAAAUUAAAGAGAGGAGCGAAGACCCUAUGCGGGAAAAAAGGGUCGGGUUAUCUUCCAAUCGGGUCGGAUCCGGCUUGCGACAGGGCUCCGGCGGUGCCAAAGGGGCACUUGGCGGUGUACGUGGGGGAGGAGGACGGCGAGUUCCGGCGAGUGUUGAUUCCGGUGAUUUACUUCAACCACCCUUUGUUCAGUGAUUUGCUGAGGGAAGCAGAAAAAAAGUUCGGGUUUGAACACCCCGGUGGGAUCACGAUUCCGUGUCGACUCACCGAGUUUGAACGGGUCAAGACCCGGAUCGCGUCCGGGUCGGGUCAGCGCGGGAGGACCCGGAGAUUGGGGUGGCGGCUACAUUAUUAAGGACCCGGAGGGUGGUCAAUUGCGAUGACACGACGAUAACUAGUUAUGGUGAAUGAUUAAUGGUUUCGGAAUUUUUGUUUGUUUUUAACUUAUAUUAGGUUGUAGUUAUUGUUUUUGGUGGGAAUUCCUGGGUAGGUGUUAGGCUUUGGCUGUUUGGGUAUAUCUGAUGGUACACCUGGUGUAAAUGGUGGUUUGAACAUAAAAGUAUAAUUAGGGAUACCUUAUGUAUAGAUUAAAUUCUGAAAAUAUCAAUUAAAGAAAUGUUUUUUUUUUUGAAUAAUAAUGCAGAUGAGUUUCAUUUUUUUUCCAA